AUGUUUAUUUGUUGUGGUAAGAAAUAAAAAAUUGAAAUUGCAAACUUAAGAUCUCAACCAUUGUAGAGUGUCAAAAUGCAAUUGUAAGAGGAUAGUAUCGAUGCCAAAUUCGAAUUUCACUUAGAAGUAAAUCAAUCAAGUAUUAAAUAGAAAUUCUAAUGGAAAUUGAUGAGAGAAGCAACAGGAGAAGAAUUGGUUAGGCAAUAACAAAAAUAAAAAGAGAAAGAGAGAUUGAAAUUAGAACAGCAAUAGAAAUUAUAAAAAGAAGAUGAGGAACUCCAAAGAUUGUAAAGUUAAAUUGAAUAACAAACAUUUGUUCAAAAAGAGAAAAAGUAAUUGCAUGAUCAAUUAAAUGAUUUGUUCACUAAGUUAAAAAAGGACUAUUUAAUAACUCAAAUUAAGAAUGAAUUGCUUAAGAAGAUGAUCGAAGAUGAUAAGAAGUAAAUGGGAGAGAUUACAAACUAUGAAUUUGCUAAAAGUUGAAUUUGUUUAAUAAUGUAUUAUAAUACUUAGAAAUG